UGUUUUAAACCUGAUUGCUCUUGACAGCUUUGAUCAACGAAUCCGUUCGAUCGUGGCGGGCAUUGUGCCCGAUUUUGAAAAAGUUAGAGAUUUUCUCCCUGGGAAAUCAUUUGUUACUUUUUAUCACCUGCGAAAAGUUUGAUCUUGACUACCUGCUGUGCUAACAUGCCGUUGCUUUGCUGAAUUGUUUUCUUUGUUCGAUUCAACAUUUGCUCCCUCGCUCGACUCAAGCGCUUGUCUUCGAACGGGACAGAUAGUUUACACGAUCUUCGGAUUUCUCUCAACAACACUUGACUCUUCAACAGAGGGGCAAACUAUUUCAUCGUACCUUGAUGGUAGACCAAGGAAGUUAGGUGAGUGAAUUUGUGUCUACCUAUUCGUGACUUUUGAACGUCAAAAUAAGUUGAGAGUUUUUCAGCACAGUGCUGCUUUCAAUGUGGCAGUGCCGUGAUUUCGAUCAUCAACUAAAUUAGCGGUAACACGUUAAUUCAUUGUAAAACUAAAUAAGUGGGUUAGAUAAAUUUGUACUCUACUUGUGAUCUGUGAAGUCAUGUUUGUGAGUAUGUGACAUGAAAAACUAAAGUUAAUGUUGCUGCGGUCUCAAAUUACAGCUUCUUAUCGAAUUCCAACCGAUCAACACUGGUUUGAUGCAACUAAGGAUAAGAUAGUUAGUUGUGUGAUUUAUAAUAAGCUUAACUGUCGAAUUAACAGUAAUCAAAACGACCGGAUACCCUUUUCAGUACAUACAUUUAGGCAGUUUUCGUGCAGUUAAAAUACUCGUGAUUUCUUCCUUGUGUUUUGAACUUUAACAAAAACUCAUUGCAAAAUACCUUGGCUGUCACUUCUGCCUUUAUUUAUACGAUUGGAAAAUAUCGAAAUGCAGGAAGCGAGAACAAAUUUAAAUACUUCCUGUCCUGUGAACGUGAUUCGAUAAGAAAUUUGAUUCAUUACUAGUCUGAAUAGAAAAAUGAAGAAAGAAGCCAUAUGUUUUUUAAAAAUAGGUUUGUUAUAUCCGAUAAACAUCCUUGUUGUUUAUUGUGUUGAUUUACUCUAGUGUGAAUAAUUCAGCAGCGUCCAUUGUGGUCUCCUUAGGGACACUCGUCUAAAGAGUUUUUUGAAAAGGUCAGCGUCAUAAAUUGAUUAACUGAAUAACAAUUAUAACAGUCUGUCUACUGUUUACUGCUAAAAAAUCCAAAAUAUUAAAAUUUGGUUGAAAUUGACGAUUAUUUAGACCACAUCAGUUUUACAGUACGUGUUUUGUUUUAAGAAGUCUCUUGACUUUGCAAACACUAUAUUAGACUGUUAGCGAGACUGUAAAACCAUUCGCAAUAUGCAAACAUCAUGCUUUGUUUAGAAGUAUAACAAUAAUUUUAAGUUCCAGACUAUAACGGGCAUUGUGUAUGUUUAAUCUUGCACAUUGUGAUUUUCAAUAAUGGCUGUAAUCAAUUUCAAUGAUACCUCCAAAUUUUGAAAUUCAAUUAGUAUAGAAAAGAACACUUGAAAAUUUAGUUCAGUUGUUGACCUGUACAAAACACCUUUAUUGCUUUCAAAACUUGUACACGUUUGCCUUCAGAUAUACUCAAAAGAAACGGAAAUUGAACAUUCUAUGAUUAAAAAACCAAUUAACUUUUAUUAUGGAUAAACAGUGUGCAAAGAAAGUUGUGUCCAAUAGCCUGAGGCAAGUGGAUUUUUCUAUCAGGGUAGUGAAUUCUGUUCUUAACUUGCCCGACAGGCAAAUGAAGUGUUUUGAGGAAUUCAAAUUACAGAACAACUAUGAUAAAUCCUGCCCAAUAUGGCAAGCUGUAGAGUUAACUCUUUUUGUUCCCUGAUAAACCAAGUUUUUGUGAAAUAUCUACAUACAUGUAGCAGUUUCAAUUUAAUGGAUUUUAUGGGACUUUGUUAACUAGGUCUGCUAUUUACAAUUAUUAGAAAGGCCGUUUAUGCAAACUGAAAUAUUGCUAUACCCCCUCGAAGUCAAAUAAUUAUUAUAUCUAGUGUAUGUGUGGUGGUGUGCUGGUCUUUUAGUUUACAAAGAAGUUGAUUGAUCUGUAAGUCCAGGUUUAAGCCUGAACCUGCAGGCAUUUUCUUAAGACAAAGCAAUGUUUUCUUACACAUGAAUCCCUGUUUCUCUCCACCAAAAUGAAAGGGAUACUGACACAUAGUUUGGGUUUAACUUCUGCAUCGCUAAGUGGAGGAGAUUGGGUGCCUAUGGGAAGUCCAAGGGCUUCCACUGGAGGCCAGCCAGCCCCUAGGAUAGACUGAGUACCGCUUUCAUGUCUAGCAAUGUAAUCCCAGCAACCCAGCCUUGAGCCCCCACACAGGGCAGCCAGGCACCCCUUCACACUGACAAGCAGUGGAAAAACGGGGGAGGGACAGGCCUGACCGCUGCCCAUCCACUCUUUAUUGAAUUUAAUAAUGGCAUUCAACUCUGUAGUGGAUUAACAUCCUGCCUAUAGGGGAUUAGCAAAACUUCUAUCUACUUUAUUUACUUAUUUUCUUU